AUGGGGCAUUUAACGACAUUGGGCAUUAUAGCGCUAAUAUCAUCAGCAUUGGCCGCACCAGCGCCGCAGUACUUUCCCUGGCCGCGUCCAUGUCCGCCCCCACCGUGCCCGUGUCCACCCCCAGGCACUCCGUGUCCACCGAGCCCGCCGUGCCCGCCACCAUGUGACCCGCCUACAAGUUGCGGCGAUGGGCCGAUCAGGACAUUAACACAAAAGAGCAGCGUUCCGGAGCGUCUAAAGUCCAUCGGCUUCCAAGAAGUACCAGUUCCCGGUGGCACCUUCUAUAUCCAAACGAGUCCUGAUGUGAUCAUCCAACCGCCCCCAAUACUGGUGAAGCCAAAACAACUUUCCUCGAUCACACCACCAGUUAUGUAUGUGCGACCACCUCCCAUACCUCCGAUCACGCCGAGGCCCAUUGUGGUACGACCACCCCCGUUACCCCCAAUCAAUCCACCACCCAUAAUGGUAAGGCCACCCCCAUUAGCGCCCAUCCAACCGCCACCCGUCGUCGUCAGACCCCAACGACCGAACUCGAUACAACCGCCCCCAAUAUGUUUCAACACACCACAAUUGCCUGAAAUAAAUCUGCCACCAAUAUACGUGCGGCCACCAGCUCCGCCCUGCCUCCAACCACCAACAAUUUGCUUUCCAUUUCAAGUAUUACAACAACAACAACAGAACUCCCAAUUUCCAUCCCCGUCCCUGUUGCCGUGUCAACAGGCGAGCCCCUGUCCAUGCGAGGACCCAUGCCCGCCGCCCUGUUACUGAUGCCCAUAAUUUGCCCUAACAGUAUUUGAGAAAUAAUAAUCCUUAAUUAUUUAAAAUCCUAUAUAUAUAAAAUCACCAUUUUAAAAUUGAAAUCUCUUACCGUAGAAGUCACCCAAAAUAAAGACUUUUGUUUAAUUUAUAAUUCGAAUGCUAAAAAUAGAAUAUUCAAUGUACCUCUUUCAAAACCAAUUACUUAAUAACUUAAUUCACUUCACUUAAUUCUCAUUAUACAUAUAUGUAAUUACUGUUGUAUAACCCGCCCAUGAAAAUAUACUAAUGUGUUAAUUUUAUACUCUCAAUGUCAGAUGCCUAUUAAAAUUGGCUGGGUAUCACGAAAUGAAUGGAGACCUGCGUCUUAAGGUAACUUCUUUUACGCUCAACUUCGUAUAACCCGACCAAUUAAAUUAUUCUAGUGCGUUAAUAUUACGCACUUAGAGUGAGAGGCCUAUUAAAUUUGAUUAGGUAUUACGAAAUGAAUGUCAUAUUGUGUAUUAAUUGAAUUAAGAGACAGGUCACUUUUAAAGCAAAUUUCGUAUAACCCGUCCAAUGAAACUACACUAGUGCGUUAAUAUUACGCUCUUAACACGAGAUACAUAUUAAAUUCGGCUGGAUAAACCAAACGAAUAGGUUAACUUUUUCAACUUUUAUUUCGUAUAACCCGACCAAUGAAACUGCACUAUUGCACUUAUGUUAGGCUAUCUGCUUGAUGCCUCUAUUAAAUUCGGUUGGGUAUACGAAAUGGAUCGCGUAUUGCCUUUUAAAGUAAGCCAUUUUUAUGAGCGUAUUUAAAGAGAUCUGAUGGACUAUGCCUACUCUAGAUUGUAGACAUAGAAUAUAAAUAGAUAGGCGAUAAGGUUGCCCAUUGUUUUCUCAUUGUGAUUAUUUCUUGUAAUUGUUUAUAUCUAUAAUAAGUUUACUAUUGUAAUCUUUUGGAGGAAACAAUAAAGAGUAUCUAUCUAUCUAUCUAUCUAGAAUUAUUUGGUGGUCAGUCCAAUAUGCGAAAAGCCAUGUUUGAGAUGCAUACGCGCCUUUUAAAUGGGAAACUACAGUUUGGGGCUCUUCAAAAAGGUUAUAUUAAGGUUCUCUCACUGUCGGCAACGCGCACGUGACACGCCUAGUGUUGCAGGCGUCCAUAGGCUACAGUGAGCGUUUACAAAGGGCUGGCAUGUUUGCCAUUUUGUGGUAUAAAAAAAAAUUGGCUAAUAACAGUGAUAUUUAAAGAUUAUUAUUUUUAAAUAUUAUAUUAAAAAAAUCUUUAAUAGAUCUCUUAAACGUUAUACAACUAACGACUCGCGGCUUUGUUUCAAUGGAUCAGUGUUAAUUACAAUAUUUAUUUUAGUAUCUGUACUUAUUUUAUUUGAUUGUAACGUUUGCAAAUGUAGUUUAAUGUAAUUUAUAUUUAUAUAUAAUUAUAUUAAAUGUAUAAUAUAUAAAAUGUUAUGAAUAUAUAUGUAAAUAUUU